AUGUGUAUGGAGUUACUUGUCGAAAUGCAGAGCAACCUAAGUGCGGCCCACUUUAACGAGCGACGAGCAAAGCAGUGCUUAAAAAUUGGAAAUGUUGAGGGAGCUAUCCAUUACUAUAAAAAGGCAAUUGCUUUCAUGGAACUAACACGAGAAGAGGUUGAAGAAGAAGACCAUGACUAUGUGGUCAUUGAUUUGCAGUUAUCAGCCCUAAAAUUAAGUUUAAGUGAAGUCAUAUCAAAAAAGACAGCAGUAAUAUCCAGUGAACAGAGUGGAACUUUAAAAGCGAUAUACAAUCUUAAGUCAUCUAAUAGCAGAAAAUCAUUAGAUUCUGCACCACCGCCCUUAAAUGAAGCAUCAAGUGAAAAAGAAACUAGCAGUGCUAUUAAACUACCUAAAACUGAAUUUCAGACCCGUGAAGAAUUGGUCACAUGUAUUGAAGAGCUUCGAAAGUUAGUAGACAUGUUAACAUCCCAACUGAGUCGAGUUCGUGAAAUGCUUACACAAGAACGUGAGCAUCGGCUUGCAAUAGAAGCUGAACUGAUAUCAUCUGGCGCCUAUGCUUGUCAAUCUAGUAGAUGUUUCUCGUACGACGAAUAUGAUAAUGAUGAUAGUUUUGAUGAAAAUCGGCCAUGCAUUUUUACAGAUCUUCCAGUACACAAGUUCUUCGAUGGAAAUACGAAUGUUGUACAAUCCGCUGAGACGGAUUUCCCUACUGUAAAUUCAAAUAUACAUUGCCCUCCCCAAGAGUUAUAUACUACCAAGACAGAUUCAUUGAAAACUAACUAA